AUAAAAACACGAUCGCGACCGGCGACACGGUUUAGUUGCGUUCACGUUGUCGUGUCUCACUGAAGCAGUUUUUAGGCAAAGUUUUAAUUCGCUGCAUUCGUGUGACGAAAAGAACGCCCAUUCGUCCGUUCAGAAUCGGGCUCUAACGUCAUAGAGCCGUUUGUGAAUGUUUUGCUUGUGAAGCUGUCGUGUGGAAUGUGUGGAGGAAUACCUUUUCUUCAGGAUCGACGCGUUUUCAACACGAAAAGGUUGUGAGUGUGCCGUUAGCUAUAUCGCGAUCGUUGCAAGAGUUCAAUUCAAAGCCAAAGUGCAAGAUGUAUUCCACCGUGUCGGUAUUCUCCGGUAAUGGGUGACGGUUUGCCAUCUGUACAGCUCUGAAGUAAAUACCCCAAAUAGUGCUCCAAAAGUGUAAUAAUAGAGUGAUAAAAAAAAGAAAAAAUCUGUUGGAAUUAUACUAUCAUCAGCGCAUCUUUUGAACAAGCUUGGACAAGCUUUAUUAGUGAUAGUAAUCCAGCUGAUUUGCCCAUUUCCACAAUUGUGCACCGUGAUUGUGCUACUUACGCAAUGGCGGACACGAUGGAGCAGCCCAAAACGGAAGUCGCGGUGUACGCGAAUGGCAACUCCGUACCAAGCGACAAGGAGAUAAUGGACAGCAUGUUGCAAGUGCGCUUUCUGCAUGCCAAAAAGCAAGAUCGCGAUUAUUCACAUUUGUUCAGAAAGAAGUCGCGAUUGCAACUGAUACGACUGUCUAUGGUGAUCGUCGGUAUCGAGUUCUUGUAUGCAGCCGAGACGGCCUUCGUUACACCGAUCCUGCUGGGAAUCGGCCUUUCGCACACGUUCAUGACAAUGAUCUGGGCUUUUUCGCCGGUGCUGGGAUUCUUCUUUGCGCCCAUGAUAGCUUCAUUCAGUGACACGAUACGGUUACAGUGGGGACGACGCCGUCCAGUCCUGUUAGCGUUAGGGCUCGCGAUGAUGACCGGAAUGUGGAUACUGCCCCAUGGUAAAACGAUUGGCGUAUUCUUCGGCGAUCCCGAUGUGCCGGUUGAUCAGAUGGAGGGCUUCAGGUGGUCAAUUCCGGUCACAAUAGUUGGGCUCGUGCUUACGGAUUUCGAUGCAGAAACGAGCAAUGGUAUUGCACGGGCCUAUUUUAUGGACAUGUGUACACCGGAUGAUCAGGCACGAGUACUGACGACGGCUAUGUUCAUCGGUGGACUAGGAGGCACAGCCGGCUACGUGCUGGGUGCAAUCGACUGGAGCCAAACCAAUCUGGACAUCCUCGGCAGCAAUGAAGCGACUGUAUUUCUGUUUGUGUUCAUCGUACUCGGCAUCGGAUUGCUGAUCACAUUAACUAGUUACCGUGAGGUCCCUUUGCCCUUGUUAGAGAGCGAUCGACUGUUGCGACCAAUCAACUCCAACGCAUUCGAAGCGGAGAAGACUCGCCAGUUGGCCGUGUACAGCAUCUCCAAGGACGUUCUGGUUGACCCGGUGAAACCGGAUAAAGAUCCGGCACUGUCUACAGAUGAGGAUGACGACGAUAAGCCACUGAAGUUGCGUGACUUCGUGCGGAACAUUGUCCGAAUGCCGAAAAGCCUUUUCAUAUUGUAUUCGACACAGUUCUUCUCGCAACUCGGCUAUCUCAGCUACUGUCUCUACUUUACCGACUUUGUGGGUGCUGAAGUGUUUGGAGGCGAUGUUUCCGCACCGCCUGGAUCACCGGAAGCGGCACUGUACGAAGAAGGGGUACGGUACGGUUGCUGGGGUAUGGCAGUAUUUGCUGUAUGCAGUGCCUCCUACUCAGCCAUCAUCGAGCAGUUGGUGAAGCGAUUCAGUGCUCGCCCAGUGUACAUGGGAGGAUUGUUGCUGUUCAGCUUGGGCAUGUUGUUUAUGGGACUGUUCAAGGAGAAGUUUAUGAUCUUCAUUGCCUGCCCGACGGUAGGCAUUAUGUAUGCAACGAUGUACUCUCUACCGUACUUACUGGUGUCUCAAUAUCACUCUAAAAAUUCAUUUGAGAUGAAGGAUGGUAAAUGUAUUCCAAACACAACCAAGCGUGGCUUCGGUGCUGACGUUUCCAUGAUGAGUAGCAUGCUUUUCCUCGCACAGCUCAUCAUAUCGCUUGCCAUUGGAAGCAUCAUCGAUGCGGUCGAAUCGAACGUGGUGGUAAUCUUCUCUGCCAGUAUAUUCUCCCUUGUCGCUGCCCUGACAGCCUCACAGAUAGUCUACAUGGGACUGUGAUAGAUAAUACGAUAGAAUUCGGACAGUCGGGAACGUGAAACGUGCACGGGACUAUAAUCAGGACAUGUGAUAUAACAUAUUAUUUAAUCCGACAGUUAAUGUGAUUUGUCUCGCGCAAGCUAAACCUCGUUGCCAUGAAGGUUCGAAAUAAUGAUACAUUGGUGCAAGGCAAUGAUAACAAACAUGCCAAGCUGAUUAAAAAUUGAAUCAUCGGGAAUAAGAAAGGAGUCAUUGUUAAUUGGUGUUAUAGCGAAUGAGAAAUUUCAAUCAAUCUUUUCUACUUAAUGAUUACUAGGUGUUAAUAUAAUAUUCUCCUACUUCUGAUAAAACGAAAGAACGUUGUACAGAAGCUUCAAUUCCGUUCCCCAACAGAUUACUUAACCUAAAACUGCAGCAGAAAGUAAAGUAGUAGGUUGAAAACAAAGAGGCCUGUCUUAAAGUUUGGAGCUACCGGUUUAACGUUAGAAAAGUAUCUGAAGAAGAAAGCCAAUGGUAUCCGAAAGGAUCAAUCAAGGACGGCCGUUUGUAUUUAGUGAUUGACACAGGUUGAAGAAGGUCGCAUAAACAUAAUUCUGGGGAAGUACGGUAUCGAGGUAUGAUUUUAUAAAGAAAUCUACUUUACGGUGAAUGCCAGCGACAAGCAUGACAGCCGGUUAAUUUACAACCUACACGACCUUCGUGGGAAACCAAAUAUCCCUGAGAUGCGACCAACACAAUUUUUACGGGAAAAACCUCAAACGGAGGAUCUUCACAGGUGACAAUUGAACUGAUUGAAAUGUUUAUAUUUAAAUGCUGAUCGAUCUUCACUGCACGGGAAGACAUCAAUGAGGUUUUUGAGAUGACCUCAUGUAUUUCGGAAUAAAAAAAAAGGUUUCGUUCAAUUUUUCUUUAGUUUUAUUCUUCAUCUUUCGUAAGUCUAAUUAUUCUAAUGCAUUUACUUUACUAA